ACAUCUGUGGGGCCCUCAACGUGACUGUGUCCCCGGGGCCCGUGGCUGACUUCCUGGAGGGGGACAACGCCACUCUCCUCUGCCACGUCUCCCAGAAGAGGUGGGGGAACAGCUUGCUGGCCGUGCGCUGGUUCUUUGGGCGCCCCAACUCCAAGGUGGCCUUGAUGGUGAGGAGGAGCAAGCACGGGGCGGUGAAGUACUACGGGAAGUUCCACAACAGCUCCUACCAGCAGCGGCUGCGCCUCCGGGAGCAGAGGCAAGGGAGGCUCCACAAUUACUCGCUCUCUGUUCUGACCCUGCGGCCAGCGGAUCAAGGGCACUAUGUCUGCAAAGUCCAGGAAAUCAUCCAGCAAAGGAAAGGGUGGACGAUCUUGUCCAACAGCUCCUCAGAGACAGAACUGAGAGGUAAGCACUUCCGCCUCCUGGAGAGGCGCGGGAACAG